CUGCCACGAAACACCUCGCACCACACCACACCACACCACACCGAGGGAUUAGAAAAAAAAAACUGCUUUCUUUGCUUGGCCGCUCCAGUGCUCGCUUGCUGCUAGUACGAACGCCGUACUUAGCCUGCACUGCACCGGUCCUGCGCUGCGAAGAAGCCAAGAAGCAGCCGGGCGCGCCGUGUGCAUAAAAGGACGGCGGCCGGAGUGUCGAUCGUUGUUGCACCGGCCGGUUGCAAGGAGGAUCGGAGGCAAGGACCGAAGGGAGCUAGCCCGGCCCGGAGCCAGAGCCACCAUGCUGCACGGCGGCGAGGAUAAGAAGGGGAAGGUGAAGAAAGGGUGGCUGGCGGUGCGCGUCGGGGCGGAGGGCGACGAGGGCGGCGGCUACCAGCGGUUCGUCAUCCCCAUCGCGUACCUCUACCACCCGCUGUUCCGCCGCCUGCUGGAGGCCGCGCGCGACGCCUACGGCUACGACUACUCCGCGGGGCCGCUCCGCCUGCCCUGCUCCGUCGACGAGUUCCUCCGCCUGCGCGCGCUCGUCGAACGGGAGACGCAGGCGGCGGCGCAGGCCUCGUCGUCGUCGCACCAUCGUGUGCAUGCCGGCGGAGGCGGAUCACACGGACACUACUCCCUCUCCCCGUGCACCCGCGCCAAGGUCACCUCAUGAUCGGUCACUCGAUCGAUCACCGGUCACGGCCGGCCGGCCUGCCUAGUCAGGUCGAUCGACCUCGGCUUUCCUACGCGCGCGGCGGCGACCGUGAGGAAGGAGCACAUGUUUGUCUGGACUCUGGAGGUGUGUAGAGUGAGGGGAAAGAGGCAGUAGUCGUAGAUUAGCUAGGCUUCCUCUUUGAUUUCCAGUUUUGGCUCUUUGGCCUUCUCCUUUUUCUGCGUUUGAUUCUGCAGGCGCUUGUACUGUACUAUACUAUAGAAUUAACAGAUGGAUCGGUGUAUGAUUACUACCGUAGCUGAGUUAACACUCCACACAGCUCUUCUUCAUCA